GCAGCACCAGCAGCAUCGUCAUCGGUCUUCAUCAUCCUCCCAUCACCCUGUCCACGCCAUGGCUCUGGACAGCUUUUUCCGAAAUAAGAUUGAGAGCAUCAAGCUCGAGAUCAUCGAGGGUCAGGCAGUGCUAAGGCGUUUGGAAGCCCAGCGAAAUGAUUACAAUUCUAGAGUGCGAUUAUUGAGAGAGGAGCUUGGUUUAUUACAACAGCCAGGUUCCUAUGUCGGCGAGGUGGUCAAGGUCAUGGGCACCAAGAAGGUGCUCGUGAAAGUCCAUCCCGAAGGCAAAUAUGUCGUUGACAUCUCCGACAAUGUUGACAUUUCCAAACUCACCGUCGGUAAACGCGUGACGCUGCUCUCAGAUUCUUACAAGCUCGAGAAAAUGCUUCCCAGUUCCGUCGACCCCCUUGUCUCUCUCAUGAUGGUUGAAAAGGUGCCGGACAGUACGUACGACAUGAUUGGUGGACUGGACCAGCAAAUCAAGGAAAUCAAGGAGGUUAUCGAGCUUGGUCUCAAGCAUCCCGAACUUUUUGAAUCCCUGGGUAUCGCUCAGCCAAAGGGUGUUCUCCUCUACGGCCCACCCGGUACGGGUAAGACACUAUUGGCGCGAGCCGUGGCGCAUCAUACGGACUGCAAAUUCAUUCGAGUGUCUGGUUCGGAGUUGGUGCAAAAAUACAUUGGUGAAGGAAGCCGGAUGGUCCGAGAGCUCUUCGUGAUGGCGCGAGAGCACGCCCCAAGUAUCAUCUUCAUGGACGAGAUUGACAGCAUCGGAUCAAGUCGUGUCGAGGGUAGCAGCGGUGGAGACUCUGAAGUCCAGCGAACCAUGCUUGAGCUUCUUAACCAACUGGACGGCUUCGAACCGACCAAGAACAUCAAGGUCGUCAUGGCCACCAAUCGACUGGACAUUUUGGACCCGGCAUUACUCCGCCCUGGCCGAAUUGACCGCAAGAUUGAAUUCCCCCCACCAACUGUCGAGGCGCGUGCCGACAUUCUCCGCAUCCACAGCCGCAGCAUGAACCUGACGAGAGGCAUCAACCUGACCAAGAUUGCCGAGAAGAUGAACGGAUGCAGUGGCGCCGAACUAAAGGGCGUCUGCACCGAAGCCGGCAUGUUUGCGCUUCGAGAACGCAGAGUGCACGUCACUCAAGAGGACUUUGACCUUGCCACUGCCAAGGUCCUGAAUAAGCACGACGACAAGGAAAUGAGUCUGACCAAGCUGUGGAAGUAAUUUUAUUUUCUUUAUAUCUCAUAAAUAGCAUUUCUCAUAUUUUCUUUUUUCACAUCUUUUCAUCUCGUGUGUCAUCUCGUGUC